GGUCGAGCGCGGCCGAGCGAUUCCCUCACGGCAGCAGCCAUUUUCUGUGAAAGUUGAGUGGCUCGCGAGUGAAUUUUCGUGAAAAUCACCUUGAUUUGGCUGGAAUUGGGGCGCUUCGGAUGAAUCGUGCACUGACAGAUGGCUUGCCUUAACAACCUGAAGCAAGAAAUCAAAACUCUGGAGGCCAUCUUUCCCAAAAACCAUGAACGAUUGCAGAUCUACUCUGCCAGUGUCGACGAGCUGAGUUGCAGGUUCGUCGGCAAGAGUGGCAAGAAAUACGACAUCCACGCCAAUAUCACCGAAACGUACCCGUCCACACCUCCUGUCUGGUUUGCCGAGUCGGAGGAGACUAGCAUAACCAAUGCGGUCCAGAUCCUCUGCAACACCUCAGGAAGAGACAAUCAUGUUUUGCAUCAAGUGCAGAUCCUGCUGCGAGAGCUGUGCCGGCUUCACUCGGUGCCGCUGCCAAGGGAGAUGGACCAGCUUUCGUUAGACUUUGUUUCGGGCUUCAAUGCUGGCAACCCGGUGCCGCCGAAGCCCGACGAAGAAAUGGAGGAUGAUGAGGACGACGAUGAUGACGAUGGCGAAGAGGACCUGCAUUUAGAAAUGGACGAAGUGGAAGUGCCAUCAAAAAGCAAGAGCGAUGAGAUGGAGCAGGAGCACCUGGCCACACUCGAGAGGCUGCGGCAGAACCAGCGCCAAGACUACCUCAAGGGCUCCGUGUCUGGCUCCGUCCAAGCCACCGACCGCCUAAUGAAGGAGCUUCGGGACAUCUACAGAUCAGACAGCUUCAAAAAACGUAUUUACAAUGUGGACCUGGUGAACGACAGCCUUUAUGAGUGGAAUGUGCGUCUAAUGAGCGUUGACCCCGACUCACCGUUGCACAACGACCUUGUCAUGCUCAAAGAAAAAGAGGGAAAGGACAGCAUCCAGCUCAAUAUAAUUUUCAAAGAGACGUACCCCUUUGAGCCACCGUUCGUCAGAGUUGUCCACCCUAUGAUCUCAGGCGGCUAUGUGCUGGUGGGUGGUGCCAUUUGCAUGGAGCUGCUAACAAAACAAGGCUGGAGUUCUGCAUACACAGUAGAGGCAGUGAUAAUGCAAAUCGCUGCCACUUUGGUGAAGGGCAAGGCGCGCAUCCAAUUCGGAGCAACCAAAGUCUGCAGCCAAGGCCAGUACAGCUUGGCUAGAGCCCAGCAGUCUUUCAAAUCUCUGGUGCAGAUUCACGAAAAGAAUGGGUGGUUUACGCCUCCAAAAGAAGACGGUUAAUGAGUGCACCACUUGUUCCCCCUCCCCAUUCACCAAGGACUUCUGUUACAAACCCGCACUUUGUUCGAGAAUCGUUCAUCAAGUUCAUACUGCACACUGUAAAAAUUCAUGUGAAUAGUUUUUGCGCAUCGAAGCCGUGACGACUUCCUGAUUUCCAAGUGAAGCUCAAGACAACAUUCAGUGGCUCUCGGUGCAACAAUUUAAGCAAGCAACUGCAUUUUCAGUUCUUGAAAUCGAAGUAGAAAUUAAUAGAGAUGUGGUGCAAGUGAAUGGUUUACGAGAUGAUUGAGUUUUCCGCUGUUGAAAAUUAAUAAAUGCUUCCUUUUUGCUAUGUAAGAUUUUUGUACGACAAUAUUAUCAAAAUUGGAAUAACGAGUAUGGGCGACACUUUGAUUGGUUAUUCAGUUGAGUUUGAAUACUCGGGAAUGUGCAACACUUGUUUAAGAAGAACUUCUUGAUGAAUGCUAUGAAUAUUGAAUGCUGCCAACGUGCUGUAAAUACAAGUAAAAUGCAGCGAUGUGUGAUAUUUUUAACAGACUAACUGCGAAUAAACAAACACUGAUGAUAAAAGUGAAAACCAAAACAAAAAAGGAAAAAAAAAUUAUCAUAUGCAUCAGCAUGUGAAGGAGAUGAUGGAGCUGAAGAUACAUAUAUAAAACAACUGUGUAGCCAUUGUGUCUGUCAUUCAAGAAAGUGAGCAAAAAAAUUUAAAAAAAAGAAUGAAAUUCACACAGCACAUGAAAUCACCCACCAUUUGCAUGAUAAUAGCUGAGAAAUCAGAGCACAUUCCAAACUCUGAUGGUUAAAGGAAAUAUUUAAAAA